AUUCACUAAAAACUGUCCUGAAUUCCUAAGAACUUAUUUACCGCAAAACUGACAAAGUGUUUAUUUAAAAAAUGAGGUUGAAGGUAGUCCUUUUCUUUCAUUUCAUUCAUUUUCAUUUUCUUUCUUAAGUAUGGCUAACACAAUAUCUAAUCAAUUAAAAUUUUAUAUUUUCACGUGAAAAGUUUCUUUAGAUAAUUAUUAUCAACAUGAUGACUAACUCUUACGGAUUAAUACGUGUCUGUAGGGCAAUCCGGUGGACUCGAUCGGCUUUUUACUUCGAAAGUUGAGUAAUCGGUGUCGCUUUCUUACGCAUCUUUGAACUGUAUAAAUGUUUUAAAAUUGUUUGAUCCAGAAUGUAUCACACCGGACAAUCAAGAAGGCAGGUGCCUUGACUACAGAAAAUGUAAACCUCUGCAAGAAAUAUGGCAGAUACAGUACCGUACAGCCACCGAUUUUUAUAGACGAUCAGUGUGCAGAUACCAGGGCAAUGUUACGAUCGUUUGCUGUCCGAACGAUCCAAACAAAGAGAAGAGAGAAAUUUUAAUAAAAACUGUGUAUAAGUAUAAGGCUUUGCGACCACCAUACUGAGGUUUUAGCAACGUCUCUCAUACCAGGGUGGUCGAUGGUAAACCAGCUGAACUUGGAAGAGUAUCUUUUUGCUUGAAAUAAAAAAUUGAUAUAGGAGUAAUAAUAUGGAUAGAGAUCAAAAACUGUUAGGGCAGAAAUUACACGUUUGAACUUUAUAGUUCAGUAUAGUUCAAAUAGAAAUUAUAUAGAAUUAUUUAAUAAUUUGUAUUCCACUGGAAUAAAAAUUUAAUUUCUGUCUUUAUCAAAUCUCUGUUUCAGAGUAUUUGUACGUAUGUACUUAUCGUCUGCUGUAUGAUCGAAUUUCGAAUAGGUAAUAAUCGUUGUUACUCGUUAUGUGAGAAAAAAUUAUGUAUAUUCACAACUAUGACUAUUGCAUUUUAGGCGCUUGGCCAUGAAUCGCUGCAUUAGGUUUUCGUAAUCCCCGAAACCCAGACAAACCACUAUGGAAGUGCGGAGGUUCCCUGAUAUCGGCUAGGCAUGUUUUGACCGCAGCACAUUGUGCACAUAUGGAUGGAAUAGAAAACAUACACAAUCAUAAUAUUGCCAUUCUUAGAUUGGUGGAGGAGGUGCCAUUUUCGAGGUACGUAUAUCCCAUUUGUACGAAAGAGCCCCUACGAAAGAGCAACUUCGUCGGCUAUAACCCCCUUGUUGCUGGAUCGGGAGCAUUAAGAUAUAGACGACCACGACGUAAUGCAUUAAUGGAAGUACAAAUGCCAGUGAUUAAGAACGCCGAAUGCAAAAUAGCUUAUUCCAAAUUUCCUAAUGCACCUGAUAUCACUGAUGGUAUAAUAUGCGCCGAACAUGCUCAGGGUGGAGAGGAUUCUUGUACGGUAAUUAAGUUACAGAGUUACUACAAACUAUACGGUAUCUGAAGACACGUCGAUUCGAAUUAACAUCAAAUCGACGUCUUAAACAUUAAAAAUAAUAGAUAAACACAAUUUAAUAGUUUUGCCCACUUCUCA